AUGUCGGGGUUGAUCCAGAAAGCAUUGGAGACGCUACACCUGAGCUCACCAGAGCAAGGUGCCCCUCCUCAAGAACCAGAUGCCGAUCAAUUAAAGGCUCUACGGGAAAAGUAUGAGAAGGCAAACCAAGAGCAUGUCUUUGCAUUUUACGACGAGUUAGACAUUGCAGGCAAAGCAGCACUCUUUGACCAACUUUCCACUUUCGACCCUGACCGUAUCAAUAUUCUUGCCGACAAAGCAAUUAAUCCUCCCAAAGAAUCCGAUGAGACACCCACCCUUGAACCUCUCCCUGCGUCCGCAUCUGCAUCAUUGUUGGACGCCAAGCAAGAACAAAAGGAUGAGUGGUACAAGGCAGGCCUGGACCAUAUAUCCAAGAACAAAGUUGCGGUAGUUCUUAUGGCUGGGGGUCAAGGAACGAGACUGGGCAGCUCCGACCCUAAAGGAUGCUACGAUAUUGGCCUUCCCAGCAAGAAGUCAUUAUUUCAGGUUCAGGCAGAGCGAAUCAAGAAGCUGCAGGAAUUGGCCAAGACACAGAAUUCUCUCGAUGCCGAGCCUAUCAUCCCUUGGUAUGUUAUGACCAGCGGCCCUACGAGAAAGCCCACGGAGAAAUUCUUCAAAGACAAUGAAUUCUUCGGACUGCAGCAGGAGAAUGUCAUCAUCUUCGAGCAAGGGGUGCUCCCAUGCAUAUCCAACGAGGGAAAGAUCUUGCUGGAAAGCAAGUCUAGAGUAGCUGUUGCUCCUGAUGGCAAUGGAGGCAUCUACCAAGCACUCUUAACUUCAGAAGCCCGGAGUGACAUGCGAAAACGUGGAAUUGAGCAUGUUCAGGCCUAUUGCGUUGACAACUGUUUGGUUAAAGUUGCAGAUCCGGUCUUCAUUGGGUUCGCAGCCUCGAAGGAUGUUGACAUUGCCACGAAGGUUGUGCGCAAGCGAGCUGCCAAUGAGCCAGUGGGCUUGAUAGUCCAAAAGAACGGGAAACCAGAUGUUGUAGAAUAUUCAGAGAUCGACAAGGAGACGGCAGAAGCGAAGGACAGCUCAGACUUACUCAAGUUCCGUGCUGCCAACAUUGUCAAUCAUUACUACUCAUUCAGAUUCUUCGAAAGCAUUCAGGAUUGGGCUCAUAAGCUACCUCAUCACGUCGCUCGAAAGAAAAUCCCUUUCAUCGAUACCGAAAAGGGUGAGACGGUCAAACCAGACAAGCCGAAUGGCAUCAAGCUUGAACAAUUCGUCUUCGACGUGUUUCCCCUCAUUGGCAUGGACAAAUUCGCCUGCUUGGAAGUUGAUCGCAAAGAAGAGUUCUCUCCAUUGAAGAAUGCACGUGGUACUGGUGAAGAUGACCCUGAUACCAGCAAACAAGAUAUUCUCGAGCAAGGUGCCCGCUGGCUACGUGCUGCUGGGGCAGUGGUGGUUUCUGAGUCAAGCAAGACGGGUGUGGAGGUGUCACCACUCAUCAGUUAUGCCGGAGAAGGCCUUUCAUAUCUACACGGACGAGAGAUUCAGGCACCAGCGGUGAUUGAGAAGAGUAAAGGAGAAUAG